AUGCCCAAAAAAAGAAAAUCUCAAAAUCGUACUCGUACAAUAGAUAAAAGAGAAAAAGUAACUGCUGUAGUAACAAAUGAUUCUAUAGAUUCUGCAGUUGAACCUGAUAAAUCCAGUUGUGAAGAAACCCUGCCUAUAGCUUUAACCAAUCCUUCAAAUCUAACAAGCAGUGAAAAAAAUUCUGUACCGACUUCAACAGCAAGUCCUCCUGUAAUUCAUAUUGAAGAAGACUUCAAAGACAAAGACUCGUUAAGUGAAAGUGAACUUGAAGAUCAGCAUUAUCAAAAAAGUUGGGACAAAAAUAAUGAUGGACGAAAAUAUCAAAAGUUGAAUCACUUAGAUGAAAUAAUUGAACCUUUAAGCGAUAGUACUUUUGUUAGCAGUACUAGAAUGAGCAAGAGUUCUGUCACGUCAUCAUCUAGUUUAUUUGAUGAUUGGGACAAUUGGAAAUCGGAUGAUCAUGAUGGUGAUAUGCAAGAUAAAACAUCACCCAAUAAUCAAACAUUGACCACUACCUCUGUUGGAAAAUUGAUGAAGCAACGUUUUUCAAAAGAAACCAUAUCCCAAGAUUCAGUAAUUUCUUCAGAAGAUAUAGUUCCACAUGAAGUAUCUGCAGCAAUCGUAAAUAUUUUGAGAUCAGAAAAUCUAGAGGAUAUGAUACGAACUGCAAUUAAUCGUGAAGUUGAAAAACAUGUCAAAUCAUUUUUUAAUAAUCAUGCAGAUUUUAUAUCAUUGCCACCCUCCUCAUCUCCAUUUGCAUCUCAAAAACGGAAAUACUGGGACCAAAAUCAUCUAACGUUUGAAGAUGAAUCUGAUAUAAAUACAGCAAGAGGUAAAGCAAAGAAGUUUUUUCAAGCAUAUCGCUGUAAUUUAAAUAAUGAUUUAUCACAACAUGCUGAUAUCAUGAUUGAGCGUUAUCAAAAAAAGAAAAAUGCCAGUAGAAUUCGCACCUUUACUAAAUCGAUAAUUGUAGAAUAUGUUACAGAUGAUUUUGCACGUUGUAUUUUUAAUACAUAUUUAAUUUAUGCGCCUACAAUGAAAGAUGAUACGGAUGCAUUGGAUAUUUUAAAAUCAUUCCUGUGCAGAGCAUUAAGCUUCCAUAUUGGAGAAAAAUUGAAUGGUAAUGGUGAUCACGAAGGGACCUUAAAUAAGAUAAAAGGAUUAGAUCAUAUCACUAAAGACUUAGUGUUAAAAUCUCGUUUUUAUGCUAAUGUUAUCAAUAAUAUCUAA